UGUACUGAACAAAACUACCGAAUGAUAAUUGAUACCGGCUCCAUGAUGACGAUAAUUCCAUACUUUGUAAGACAACAAUUGUAUAGUCUCAAAGAUGGUUGGCAGAGAAUUUCUUUUUACCCUGAUGGAUAUGGCGAUACAGCGAAAAUUACUCAAGCUUCAAGGGAGUGGCUUAUAUGUUUGGGUGAAGGACCAAUUGGUCCAACUGGGUUAGAACAAGAGAAUUUUAUUCAUGGCAAAACAAUCUCCUAA